AUGGCUUCCGGCCGUGGCGCGACCUUCCUCUUACUGCUCUUCUCCCUCAGUUGCGUCUCACUCUCCAGUUUGCCAUUGACCGAGGCGUCUAAGAAGGUUCAGCUGGAGCUGUAUUACGAGACGUUGUGCCCUUAUUGCUCCCGGUUCAUCGUGAACUUCCUCUCUAAGAUUUUUAUUGACGGGCUGAUUGACAUCGUCGAUCUUAAUCUUGUCCCCUACGGUAACGCCCGCGUCGCAUCCAACGGCACCAUCACCUGCCAGGUUUUUUUCCCCCUCGAAGUUGCCUCCUCCUGUAACCUCCAUGUGAAGAGGAAAGAUGGCUCAGGACAAUGAAUUAUGGUGUAAUUCGAGUUAAACUCUAAAUCUUUUGUCUGUUUUUUUGGGCAGCAUGGCACAAACGAGUGCUUGUUAAAUACAAUUGAAGCUUGCGCCAUUAGCAAAUGGCCUGAUGUGGUGAGAAUUAUCUCAUAUUAUUUAAUGAUAGAGCUCUAAUUUUAAAGAGAGGAUUGUGUCAUAUCUCUUGCGUGAUUUUGACAAUGUUUUUUCGAUAUUGAAAUUCUUCAUUUUUUACUGAUUUUUUUAUCAUAUUUGGAAUAAUUUCUUGAUAAAUUGUAGAGGUUUUAUACUAUUUCAACAUUUUUAGGCCUAUUUGCUAUGGAAAACGCUAAAAAUGUACCCAGAUCGUUCUGGAAGGAGGAAACACGUCAAAAUUUCUUGAAGAAUUUAGGAAACCAUCCCGUUUCACGAUCGUUCAAGAAAAAUUCAUGCGUUUCCUUUAUUGGAAGGAGUGUGAGUUCGUUUUUAUCGUUUUUCAUUGUAAAAGAGGAACAAUAAUGUUGGAAUUUGAAGAUUUGAAACCAUGCUUGAUUUUUUUUGCCUAGACAUGCCUUUACAUCAAUAGGCAGCCGAUUAUUCGUUUUUAAAUUAAAAUGUGUUUUAAAAUCGAAAAAAAAAAUAUUGAACCGAGUGCCUACAGUACCUACAGUGCCUACAGUGAUAAGCACAGUGCCUACAGUGAUAAUUAACCUCAAGGUAGCUGAUGUCUUGUAAAACCAUGAGCCUUUUUUUCUGUGAAGUUGUUUCAUCUAAAGCCUCUCAAGAGUUUAAGUCUUUACUGCGAACCGAGUUCCAUUUCUAACCCUCUUAUUUCCUAUGCUGGUGAGAGUAUGGUCAGUAGUUGGAUGAAAUCACGAAACUUUCGGAAGAUCUUAUGGGUAGUAGUUUUCAUGACAGUGUGGCGUUGAAAUGUGCUGUGCUGUAAAAUAUGUGAACAGAGGCUUUGUUGGAAACAACCUUUUUUCAGGAAGAUAAUGGAUCACAGUAUAUGCUACUAUCUGAAAUUUCUUGUAGCAUUCCUUGCCGUAAAUUCUUCUUGAUAUAAUCACAUAGAUAUCUUCAAUGCUUGAAUUUUCUUUGCCGGCCAUUUGGAUCUCUGAAGUUUUACUUAAGAUGACUGUAGUUUUCAGUUUUGUGUUUCAAAUUUUAUAUCCAAAAAUUUUGAUGCAGAAGAAGCAUUUCCGUUUCAUUUACUGUGUGGAGAAGUUGGUUGUGGCGCAUACGUAUACCGAAUGGGAAACCUGUUUCCAGAAAACCGGACUGGAAUCAAAGGCAGUUCUGGAUUGCUACAGAAAUGGCAACGGGCAGAAGGUACAUUCCCAAUAUUCCGUUGAUCAAAUACAGCAGCUUAAAUCUGUUUCAUAGACAAGUUUUUCCGGUCGUUCAAAUGAAUAUAGACGGUAUUCUAGAACAAUAACCUACUAUGAAUUUUCCAUGGAAGAACCCUUUUUUUUUUUUUUAUCUUAAAUGGUUAGUUCCAUGGGCCCCAUGAUCAUUCUUAUUAACUACCUCAUAAACAUGGAAAUAUAAAGGUGUUUUAUAGGCGAGUUUUCCAUAGACGACGUUCUAGUGGCUAAGGAAGUGCUAUUCUAAGCGUCCUUAGUCUUGUCUCUGUCAUGUUAUAAUUGUAUGGCCUACGAGUGUGCUCAUCAUUUCUUUGCCGACUAUAUAAAAUGUGACAUGUACAGGGCAAGAAACAUCUGACGCUGGGAUACUCUCAUACAAAAUUCCUAGGACUGUGAUUGCAGUCAUGCAGUGGUUGACUCUCAUUUUUCAUUUUCAUUCUCUUUGCAGCUGGAGCUGAGCUAUGCAGCAGAGACAGAUGCUCUUCAGCCUCCUCACAAAUAUGUUCCAUGGGUGGUAGUGGAUGGGAAGCCUCUAUAUGAUGUCAGUUUCCUCCUUGUGACUCAUUUUAUGUCCGUUCUUUCAUCUCCAUCGAUGGUUCCGUUCUUACUCUAUUUUAACCCAUUUUUCCUGGAUCAUGAUUCGCAUUAAUAUGGAUUUCUUUCAUUUAGUGAUAAUUAUUCUAUUUUCCUAUAAUGCAAAGUCAUGAGCCAACACAUCACAUAUUCACUCACUUUAUCACUUCAUUCUUUCCCAGAAAUUAUCUUUCCCAAUAUCUGGUCAGUUCAUCUCCGGGCACUCAUUGUUCCUGCUUGGGGGAUAAUUAAUCAUUUGAAUGAUUACGAAUAUUGAAAUAAUUCUAUUAUCAAUUUAAUUUUACCUCUUCCUUCCCACCCACAUCAACAUCUGAAUUUCUCAUUUUAUGUAGAAUCAUCCCCUGAAUUGGUAACAUCAACCAUGAAUCUCUGAAAAACUCUCAUCAAUUUGAAAACACAAAUCAUUUGGUUCCAAGUAUUAUUUUCUUCCUUACAGUAACAAAAUUCCAAGGCCGCUGCGACAGGGAGUACCCAGCCCAGAGCAGUUUAUUUUAGGCCCGGGCUUCAAUCCAGAACCCAUUUUCGGGCUUUUCUCUGAACCCAGUCCGGCCAGUUGACCUCCAUUUCCUCCAUUUUCCUCCUACUUGAAAAUAAUAUCGACGUCUUGUCCAUGAAGGAUUAUGAGAAAUUUGAAACCGAGGUCUGCAAGGUCUACAAAGCGGGUGAUCAGCCGGAAGCCUGUAAAGGGCUGCUCGACGUGACGACCCUCCCACUGAAGGUGAAAGAACAAAGACAAGUCUGCUUCGCUGAUGGUUUGGCGAGCUCACCCAAACUGAUCUCCUUCACCGCUUGA